UUAACACUAGAACUACCGGACCAGUCAUUUUGACUGGAACGCUUCCUUUUCAUCACAUUAUUUUUUGGGGUUAAACAAUCCUAAGGUAGUUGAAACAUUUAUUUUACUUAUACAUAUAUGCUUACGAUCUCAAAUUAACAAUAAAAUAUACUCCAACUCUUCCUAAUUGUUUUUAAAAUUAACAAUGAACGAAAAACGCUUAAAACGCUCGGUAGUUCUAGUGUUAAUUAUCAAUAAAUGUGUUAAUGCAUGCAUUUAUAAGGCACUUCAAAAACAAUAAAAAAAAUUUCGAAUUAUUGAAGAUUGGAGAAAAGUUGAGAAAAUUUCAAACCACGAAGUAAAGAAGUCUACAUAAAGAGUGUUACACUUUUUAAGAUACACUAUUGACACAAGUAUUGACGAAAAAAAACUAUAGAAAGGUAAGCUGUCACGGCUUAUGCCUCGAAAUAUGUCGGCAUCAAUCGAUAUGAGUAAAAGACUCGAAAUACAUUCAUGAAGUUGCAACGGGAACGUGAUCACCAGAUCCGUCAAAAUCGAGACUCAGUAUAUUCGAAAACGAACACCAACGAAGAAAUUCACAAGAUUUGUUCCGAAAUUAAACUGCAGUGGAAAACGAACGAAGCACAGAUCAUCGAGUAUGUGAUAGAUUCAGUGAUAGGAAAAAAGGGGAAAGGUCGCGUUAAAAUGACAGCGUUUGAAUCCACCGAAACAUUCCGCCAAAAAAGGCAACCGGUACCAAUAUUAGCUACUAGGGUUCGUGAACGAAACUUGACACAACCAAAAUUCGAAAAUCAUUUUCAAAACGGAGCACGCCGAACGGGGAGUGGCACAGAGGUAGUGGUGUCGGUGUUGUUGCUGCCCAACAGAACGCUUGGUGAUGCAUGUAGUCGAUUUAUGAUGUGCCCCGGUACGAAGAAAUCUUUUCAGCAGUAUAUUGUUAAGUGCUUUAUAAAAAUUUAAAUGUAAGCGUGAAGUACCCAAAGAAUCAAUCCGCCGACGAAGAGGUAACCGGUACCAAUAGUAGUAUUAGGGAUCGUGAACGGGACUACAACCAGAUGAUCGCUCGGAGCCACGGUCUGAAGGAAAUAAUGGCGCGCAUGAAAUGGCACAACCAAAAUUCGAAAAUCAUUUUCAAAACGGAGCAUGUCGAACGGGGAGUGGCACAGAGGUAGUGGUGUCGGUGUUGUUGCUGCCCAACAGAACGCUUGGUGAUGCAUGUAGUCGAUUUAUGAUGCGCCCCGGUACGAAGAAAUCAUUUCAGCAUUAUAUUGUUAAGUGCUUUAUAAAAAUUUAAAUGUAAGCGUGAAGUACCCAAAGAAUCAAUCCGCCGACGAAGAGGUAACCGGUACCUAUAGUAGUAUUAGGGAUCGUGAACGGGACUACAACCAGAUGAUCGCUCGGAGCCACGGUCUGAAGGAAAUAAUGGCGCGCAUGAAAUGGCACAACCAAAAUUCGAAAAUCAUUUUCAAAACGGAGCAUGUCGAACGGGGAGUGGCACAGAGGUAGUGGUGUCGGUGUUGUUGCUGCCCAACAGAACGCUUGGUGAUGCAUGUAGUCGAUUUAUGAUGCGCCCCGGUACGAAGAAACCAUUUCAGCAUUAUAUUUUUAAGUGCUUUAUAAAAAUUUAAAUGUAAGCGUGAAAUACCCAAAGAAUCAAUCCGCCGACGAAGAGGUAACCGGUACCAAUAGUAGUAUUAGGGAUCGUGAACGGGACUACAACCAGAUGAUCGCUCGGAGCCACGGUCUGAAGGAAAUAAUGGCGCGCAUGAAAUGGCACAACCAAAAUUCGAAAAUCAUUUUCAAAACGGAGCAUGUCGAACGGGGAGUGGCACAGAGGUAGUGGUGUCGGUGUUGUUGCUGCCCAACAAAACGCUUGGUGAUGCAUGUAGUCGAUUUAUGAUGCGCCCCGGUACGAAGAAAUCAUUUCAGCAUUAUAUUUUUAAGUGCUUUAUAAAAAUUUAAAUGUAAGCGUGAAGUACCCAAAGAAUCCAUCCGCCGACGAAGAGGUAACCGGUACCAAUAGUAGUAUUAGGGAUCGUGAACGGGACUACAACCAGAUGAUCGCUCGGAGCCACGGUCUGAAGGAAAUAAUGGCGCGCAUGAAAUGGCACAACCAAAAUUCGAAAAUCAUUUUCAAAACGGAGCAUGUCGAACGGGGAGUGGCACAGAGGUAGUGGUGUCGGUGUUGUUGCUGCCCAACAAAACGCUUGGUGAUGCAUGUAGUCGAUUUAUGAUGCGCCCCGGUACGAAGAAAUCAUUUCAGCAUUAAAUUUUAAAGUACUUUAUAAAAAUUUAAAUUUAAGCGUGAAGUAUUUGUACAAGUUCGUGUAUAAGGGGCACGACCGUCUCAGUGUUUCCCUGGCGGUAGACAUCGUUGAGAUUCAGCAACAUAUCGAUGUACGCUACCUUUCACCGACGGACAACUGCUGGCGGAUUAUGCGCUUUGAUUUGCAGGCAAAAAUUCACACUACUGUAAUCAGUAUUUUCGAAACCCACAGUAGUAACCCUGCUUCGAAAAACGAUAAGAUCGAUAGGAUCGAAGUAGCGCGGUGAGAAGUAGGAUUCACAAAACAGCGAUAGCAAGCGAAGGACGUGCGUGUGAGAUCUAGCGAAAAUAAAAUGUACGGUUACUCUAUUGUUACACUGCCAAUUCAUAUAGAAAAUCAGCAGAACUUUUUGCCGUUCAAAUGAAACCGUUUCGUGCGUGUUAAAGUGCAGUAACCAUACCAUGUUGACACGGUUUUUCCAGCUACAGGCACAACACAACUUUGCCAGAGCGCUGCUAUACACCACGGAUUUUCUUCUAGGAUUCCAUUCAGAAAUUACGCUUGCAACCGCAGCAAGCGACAUAACAGCAAUGUUGCUUACAGGAGGAAAAACAGUGCACUCCACGUUUAAUUUGCCCUGGACUUAAACGAACAUUCCACCUGUAGCAUUCCAGUUCAGUCGUAACUGGAAGUUUGAGAUGAGGCGUCGAUAAGCAGUCGGUACGCUCUCGAAGCAGUCGAUCGAACGUUGCAGGACAUAACGGGUGUGCAACGUCCUUUCGGCUGCGAGGUGAUUCUGCUGUCCGAUGAUUUUCGCUAAAUUUUGGUGUGAGGUGUGUAAAAUAUUAAGUAGAAAACAGAAAAAAGGAACACAAAAAAACUACGCGAGGUUGAUCCGUAGAUUUUGGGAAAUCGAGUCAUGCGAAUCAUCCAGCACACCGUCCACAGAAGAAAAAUCAUGUGAACAACAAUUUACUGGAACAGUGAAAAGAGACGCUUCCGGAAGAUUUGUGGUACCUAUACUAACGAAAAAAAAGGUCGUGACACAAAUGCGUGACUCACUGACUACAGCACAACGCAGACUCGCUGCAUUAUGGAGGGAGGCCAAUCCGGAGCUAAAAAAUUUUUGACGUUUGCUUAAAAGCCCCAUUGACUCAGUGUGCUCUGCACUUUCUGUUAAUUUAUUGUGUGUUAAACUCUGUGAUUCGUGUUCUGACUACUCUCAAAGUAUAGAGUUUUGUAGGCUUCACACAGGAAUUAUUUAGUUCCGUCGUUGCAUGUUUGUUGUGCUACUGAAUUUUACCUUUUUCUGACCAUCUUCGCGACGCUCGGCAUCACAACAAUCUCAGUGAAUUUUUCGCGAUAUCUGUAUGCAACUGUUGUGCCAUCGAUUUUAAGGAGAAGGAUUCGAUCCUGCUGCUUCUGUGACUCGGCUUUCCAUUUCGGCUGUUCAUCGGUCGCUGAAACCUUGUUAAAGGAGAUCUCGCUGAAAGCGCAGCUUCUUUGGUGCUGUCCUGGCUGCGCUGCCGUUUUCGCGAAUCCGCGCACUAGAUACCUGAGGGCUGAGAAAGGCUCACGCAUCGAUUGUCUCUCUGCCGUAGUGGAUAGCAUGAAAACGCUAUCACUUGAACCGCUGGUCAAUGAGUUGCGUUCUUCCGUGACAUCCCUCCGACACUCGGAGAUUGAUGCCAAUCGAGCCCCCGCCCAGACCUCUCAUACGGACGACUUUCCUUUGUUUCCGGCCAGUAAACGUCGUAGAUUAUACAGAGAUGUUUGUUCAUCAUCUGAUACCAACACCGUUGCCACUCCAGCACCCGCCGUUGUUACCCAAACUUCGAAAAGCAUCCCGUACAACGCACCAUCACUACCACCGACAAUCAUAGGGACUUAUACCACACUCACUUCUGCAACUGCAUUACCACUGUCAACACGACCGAAUUACAUGUGGAUAGACAUCUCGAGCGUAGAACCAUCCGUCACAGCUGACCAAGUUGUCACCAUGGUGAAAAAUUGUUUACAUACCGAAGAUGCUAUCGGUUUCUGCCUGCUGAAGAAAGGUACGGAUCCACUCUCAGUAAGAGCGCUCUCAUUCAAGGUGAGAAUCACCGCCGCGCUUCGGGUUAAAGCACUUUCCCCGAAUCUUGGCCGGCUGGGCUGCAGAUACGUGAGUUUAUUGCGCGUAUUCAACAAGCAAAAACACACAAGAAUGUCGCCUACUCUCGUCAAUCACCGUCGCAUCAACCAAUGACUCCCGAUCAUACUUACCCACCACCUUAUCCGAAUAACACGCUGAUUUCUCCAACUGAACUUCCUAUGACGAAUGUUAAUACCAGAACGCACCAAACAACUUUGGACCAGUUUUUUCCUAUAUAACCGCGCUCUACCACACCACUUUCAAACAUCAUCGUAUACAGGGUUUGUCAGCCCAUAGAACAAGCUUUAUGACAUAAACAUAAAUGACAUAAACAACACAGAAUUCGUUACAAACAACCUUUUCAGACUUGAAAACACAUUACAUUGUUUUAGCUACACUGUUUCAAUAGAUAAAACAACUUGAACAUUUUAUAGAAAGAUGUCAGAUUUGCCAAGGUUUCUAUACCUAUAUGAUGCACAUAAAUAUAUGAUGCAAAAUAAACAGAGUCGUACAAGUUUAUUUCUUUUAUCUCCUGAUAAAUAAUUAAUCGAAAAAAAUUAAAAAGUAAUUUGGUUAUUGCCCGCACAAUUCUUCAGUUCACAGUUCAAACUUCGAUGUGCAUCAUAUAGGUAUAGAAAUCUUGACAAAUCAGACAUGUUUCAAAACAAAUGCUCAAGUUGUUUUAUCCAUUGAAACAGUGUAGCUAAAACUAUGUAAUGUGUUUUCAAGUCUGAAAAGGUUGUUUGUAACGAAUUCUGUGUUGUUUAUGUCAUUCUAAAGCUUGUUGUAUGGGCUGAUAAACCCUGUAAUGUCACUCACACUAUUACCGAUACUUUACCGUGCAGGACCCCUACGGUGGUUCCGACCCGAAAUGAUCCUCUGCACUCAUCAUCAAUGUUAGCGACCGCAGCGAUGAAAUCACAACGUAUUUCUUUCUACUACCAGAAUGUCCGCAACAUGCGUUCGAAGGAUAGAGAAUUUAGUUUAUCGGUGUUGGAAGCUGAUCAUGACGUCAUUAUUCUCAACGAAACGUGGCUGGACUCAAGUUUAUCAUCUGCUCUCUUUUUCGACAAGAGCUUCUGUGUUUACCGCUGUGAUAGGAACGCCGCUAGCAGUGUUUGCUCUCGCGGUGGCGAAGUUUUGAUCGCUUGCUCUUCAUCGCUCAACUCAUACGAGAUCCCGUUGCAUCACCCGGCGCUCGAGAUAAUCUGUGUUUGUAUCCUGUUCGCUAAUACUCGCUUGCUCGUUGUUGCUGUCUAUCUUCCUCCCAGCCACAGUGCGUGCGCGACAACGAUCAGCACUGUUCUUGACUGCACCAGCAACAUAUGCUCAUCUCUGCGGCCUGGCGACGGUUUCUUGCUUAUUGGUGAUUUUAAUCAACAUUCGAUUUCCUGGUCAGCUGCAAUCGCCGAUACCGAUGCUUCUUUCCAAUUUUUUGAGCCAGUUUCUCUGUCUACACGUCGUGCUCAGUUCAUCGAUGAUUUACAUCACAACGCGCUUUUUCAAAUUAAUAACAAAUUCAACUCCUCUGGCAACGUCCUUGAUCUUAUAUUCGCUAACUCUGAAACAGCGUCCGCUUCAUCGGUGGUAUCAGUCAGCGAUAAUUCUCUGCUCCCGAUUAAUCAUCAUCACCCACCACUCGAGUUCGAUGCAAUAGCACCCGUUAAUCUAGCUGCUAAUAUCACCACUGGAAAGCGUCUGAACUUCGCCCGGGCCGAUAUUCAUAAACUUGAGAGUUUGAUUUCAACUUUUGAUGAACGUUUUAGCUGCAAUGAUUACGCUUCUCUUGACCUAGCAGUUAAGGCUUUCUCUGAGUUUAUGUCACACGCGCUGCGCAAAUGCGUGCCUCUGCAGAUACCACCCGGUGGACCACCGUGGGGUGAUCGUACUUUACGGGCUCUGAAAAAAGCUAAACGUGUAGCCUAUCGGAAUCUACGUGCGCGGCGUUCUGCAACAUCAAGGCAGCAUUACCGUGCACUCGCUCUACCGGCGCUACAAUAGGUCAUGCUACCGAAGACAUUUAUACCGUGUCCAAUUCAACCUGCACCGUAACCCACGGUUCUUCUGGAAUUUUGUCAACAAUAAACGUAACAAUAAACGUAGGGGCGGCCCGGUGGUGCAUGUGAUAAACGGCGCCAGUCCACACGGCCAGACCGGGUUCAAAUCCCAUCCGGACCGUCCCCCCGUAGCAAGGACUGACUAUCCGGCUACGUGGUAAAAUAAGUCUAGUAAGCCAGAAAUGGCCGGCGUGACCUGUAAGGUCGUUAAGCCAAGAAGAAGAAGAAGAAGAAGAAACGUAAU